AUGGCAAGCUCGGCGCCAUCUUGUCGCGCGCCCUCGGGCUUCCGCAAUCUGCCAAACCCAUACGCCCUCUUCACACCACGCCUCGUCUUCACCACUCUCGCACCCAAAGAUGCUGCGCUGGGACCAUAUGCCCACCCAACAACUGGCAAGCCCAUGCACCUCUUCUCCCUCGAUCAUGAUCUGUACUACACGCCAUUCAAGAACGACUAUGGGCCACUCAACCUUGCCUAUACGUUUGACGCCUGCGUCAAGAUCUUCAACCGCCUCGAUAUCAAGGACCACAAGCGCAAGGCCCUCUGCCUGUACACUUCGCCAGAGCCAGAGCAGAAGUCGAACAUGGCCUUGAUCGCCGCCUUGUACAGUCUUAUUGUCGAGCACAACGACCCCUGGGACGCAUUCCAUCCCAUUUCGCACUUUGAGCUCCUGCCAUUUCGCGACGCAGGAAACGGUCUCAACGAGUUUGCCUUGACGGCGCAAGACGUGCUGUAUGGGGUAUGGAAGGCAGGCAAGCAUGACCUUCUUCAGCUACAAGACUUUGACGCCGACGAGUACCGAUACUACGAGAAGCCCGAAAACGGCGACCUGAACAUCUUGGGCAACUUUGUAGCGUUUGCCUCCCCAAUGGACCCCAUGUACAUCAGGGAGAGGACACCAACAGGCGAGACAGCGCCAGACUACUCGCCCGGCCAGAAGAAGAUGCUCCGCGGUGCAUUUGAGAAGGUGCAGGCAAAGUUUCAGCAAGAGAACGUAGGCAUGGUCGUCCGCCUCAACGACGAGCUCUACGAUCGCCACCACUUCGUCAGGGACGGUAUCGAGCAUGUCGAUCUUUACUUUGACGAUGGGACGAAUCCCACGGACGAGAUUGUCAAGGAGUUCAUCCAGCUCACCGAGGAGACGUUCGCCAAGGGAAAAAAGGUUGCUGUGCACUGUAAGGCUGGACUCGGUCGCACCGGUGUUCUCAUCGGCGCCUACUUUAUCUACAAAUUCCAGUUCACAGCCUCGGAGGUGAUUGGCUACAUGCGGGUCGUCCGACCCGGCAUGGUUGUUGGCCCACAGCAGCGCUACAUGCAGCUGAACCAAAUGAAAUGGGCGGGAUGGGCUGCGUCCAAUAUUCUCCGUCGGCCUGAGGCUACCACAUCGCUUCCUUCCCCGCCAACUGAGCGCAAUGUGCUCGCGGCGGAGGUCGACCAAGCGGAUGAUCCCAUGGUGCAGCUUACCACGCCAACCCGCAGCGGCCCAUUGAAGUGCCCCAAAGCUGGCGACGCCGUGGGUCAACCGCGCAAGGGCAUUCAGCCCGCCGACGCUCCGGAGGACAUUGACGACGAGGAUCUUGUCGCUGCUGCGCUCCGCGAGGUCAAGUCAGACGCGCCUUCGCCUCCAAGCCGUAAUGACACAAUUCGUGGCGUGAAGCGUGGCUCUGGCCGGGCACCCGUGCCACAGGAGGUCACCCUGACUCCUAGAACAUCAGAGAGCACACCGCGCCUUAUUCGUUCCAGCUCGAAUGUCAGCUGCAGCUCGAGCACGUCCGAGCUUGACCAGCGAGCAACCAAGCGUCGCGCGGACGCACCGCUCCCCAAAUCCGGUUUGAGCUCGCCGCCCCCGAGCAGGGAUGCAACUCCCGGGACCGAGGACGCACCUCCCGCCUCGUCAUUUCCUUUCAUUGAAGAGGGCGAGGAAGGUCCGAGCACCCCGCCCCGUACAACCGCGCCGUUGACCGGUCAGCCGCCCCCUACACCUGCCACAACGACGCAGCGGCCCAGGAGCCUCAUACCCCGUCUCGGAUCAUCGCAGCUUGCCCAGGCCGUCACGUCUCCCUCGAGGUCACAGUCAUCGAGCAGCUCGGCAGACGAGCCAGAGGCCGGCCCGAGCAACAACAGGAGCAAACUGCCAACGCGCCGUCUCAUCUCGACGCAGCGAGUCUGGAACCCGCUGGCUCGCAUGAGUGCUGCACCAGAGUAG